GAAUCAGAUAUGCUGAAGAUGGUGAUGAUGAUGCGCUGCAGCAGCGAAGGAGGUACGCCUUUUCGUCAUUUUACUCCUGCCGUCGACAAUUACUUGGCCUUGUUACACUCUCAAACCUCUGAACCAAUCGAUUCCAGAACCAACCAAGUAGCCCAGCUUGUUAGAGAGAGAGACUCACCACCCGAAAUCGCUAAUGUUGUAGAUGCCCGGAAGGUCUACGAUGAAAUGCUUCAAAGCCGUCCUCUGCCCUCGAUUAUCCGUUUCCCUCAAAUCUUGGGUCAACUCGUGAAAUUGAAGCAUUAUUGGGAAGCCAUCACUUUGUACAAACAAAUGCGUCUGAUGCGAAUUAGUCCUGAUGUUUAUUCUCUAAGUAUAAUCAUGAACUGCUAUUCUCGUUUGAACCGAAUUGGGUUCAGUUUAUCUGUCUUGGCUCAAGUCUUCAAGUUUGGUCUCGAACCAAAUGUCACCACCUUCACCACCCUAAUCAACGGCUUUCUUAUUCAGAAUAAAGUAGCUGAAGCAGCAGCAACUUUCAGCAAAAUGGUGGAGGCAGGUAUUCAGCCCAAUGUGGUCGCGUUCGGCACAUUGAUAAAGGGCUUGUGCUUCAAGGGUAACAAUGUUGCAGCUAUUCAAUUACUCAGAAAGAUGGAACAAGGACCUUGUAAGCCUGAUGUAGUCGUCUAUAACACCAUCAUUGACAGUCUCUUAAAGGAUGCACUAAUUAUGGACGCGUUGAACCUUUUCUCAGAAAUGGUAAGAAGGGGUAUCACCCCAACCGUCAUUACUUACAACUCUUUGAUUAAUGAAACUUGCAAAGUAGGUAGGUGGAAAGAAGCUACAAGACUGUUGAAUGAAAUGGUGAGUCAAAAUAUCUUUCCAGAUGUGCGCACCUUCAAUGUCUUGGUUGAUGCACUUUGUAAGGAAGGGAUGGUGGAGCAAGCAGAAAGUGUGAUUCAGAUGAUGAUUCAAAGAGAUAGAAUCACUUACAAUUCGCUUAUGAAUGUUUACUGUUUGCGAGGAGAAAUGGACAAGGCAAAAGAAGUCUUUGAUCUGAUGAUUAGCAAGGCCUUCAUGGUUGAUGUUCGCAGUUAUAACAUAUUGAUAAACAGAUAUUGUAAGCAGAAACAGAUUGAUGAGGCAACAAAGCUUUUUCAGGAAAUGUCUCGUAACGGACUGGUUCCAGAUACCGUUACUUAUACCACUCUUAUCGAUGGUUUCUGCAAAGUGAGGAGGAUACAAGCAGCAAAGAAGUUGUUCUCUAAUAUGCAAGCUCUGGGGCGCCAACUUCCAAAUGUUCAGACUUAUGCAGUUUUACUGAAUGGCCUAUGUAGAAACCAACAACUUCCAAUGGCAAUUGAAUUGGUUAGAGAGAUGGAAGGCAGAAAGAUAGAGCCAGAUAUUGUAAUCUACAGUAUUCUAAUCCAGGGUUUCUGCAUAGCGGGAGAAGUUGAAUCUGCAAGAGAUCUCUUCUGUAGUUUAUCACCAAAACGACUUCAACCUGAUGUCUGGGCAUACAACAAAUUGAUUAACGGACUUUGUCAUGGAGGCCUAAUCAGUGAAGCAGAAAAGUUGCUAAAAGAAAUGGAAGAGAAAGGCAGUCAUCCAGACAGUUACACUUAUAACACAAUUAUACGAGGGUUGAUCAAUAACAAUGAGACACUGCGGGCAAUGGAACUUAUUCAACAAAUGGUGGAGAGGGGUUUCUCUGCAGAUGCAUCAACUGUGGAAUUGAUAGUUGGCCUAUUGUCUAAAGAUAAAGUAGAUCCUGCUUUAUUGCCUUCGUUAAAAAGUUCCUUUUUAUCUGUCUUGGCUCAAUUCUUCAAAUCUGGUCUUGAACCAAAUGUCACCACCUUCACCACUCUAAUCAACGGCUUUCUUCUUCAGAAUAAAGUGGCUGAAGCAGCAGCAAUUUUCAGCAAAAAUGGUGGAGGCAGGAAGAUGGAAGAAGGACCUUGCAAGCCUGAUGUAGUUGUCUAUAGCACCAUCAUUGACACUCUUUGUAAGGAUGCACUAAUUAUGGAAGCAUUGAACCUCUUCUCAGAAAUGAUUAGCAGAGGCAUAGACCCAGAUGUCAUUACCUAUAACUCUUUGAUUGAUGGAGCUUGCAAAAGUAGGAAUAUAUUUCCAAAUGUGCUCACCUUCGGUGUCUUGGUUGAUGCACUUUGCAAGAAGGGGAGGGUUCUGGAGGCAGAAAGUGUGAUUCAAAGAGAUAUUGAACCUGACACAAUAACAUACAAUUCACUUAUGGAUGGUUACUGUUUGCGAGGAGAAAUGGACAAGGCAAAAGUAGUCUUUGAUCGGAUGGUUAUCAACGGCUUCAUGGUUGAUGUUUAUAGUUAUAACAUAAUGAUAAAUGGGUAUUGCAAGCACAAAAAGAUCGAUGAGGCAGCGAAUCUGUUUCAGGAAAUGUCUCACAACGGAGUGGUUCCAAAUGCUGUUUCUUAUAACACUCUUAUGGAUGGUUUUUGCAAAGUGGGCAGGAUACAAGGUGCAAAGAAGUUGUUCUCUGAUAUGCAAGCUCGUGGUGGACUUCCAAAUGUUCGAACUUAUGCUGUUUUACUGGAUGGCCUAUCAGGAGAAUUUGAAUCUGCAAGAGAUCUCUUCUUUGGUUUAACAUCAAAACGACUCCAACCUAAUAUGAGGAUGUAUAAUACUAUGAUUAGUGGAUUUUGUUAUGGAGGCCUAUUAAGUGAAGCAGAAAAGUUGCUUAAGGAAAUGGAAGAGAAAGGCUAUCCUCCAGAUGGUUGUACUUGUAACAUAAUUAUUCGAGGAUUGAUUAAUAAAAAUGAGACACUGCAGGCAAUGGAACUAGUUCAACAAAUGGUGGAGAAGGGUUUCUCUGCAGAUGCAUCAACUGUGGAAUUGAUAGUUGGAUUAUUGUCUAUAGAGAAAGUAGAUCCUGCUUUGUUGCCAUUGUUGAAAAGUUCAUUAUGA